AAACCAAUUUAGGUUUCAGGUGUGAUAUCAUCAAAUCCGAUUGGUUGGAUGGAUUUAAGGGGAAUCCCCACUGGAUUUUCCCCGAACGCCUCGGAUUUUCUCGUCAACAUUUACUUGGAUACUUUGUCAAGGGAAGCACCAGUCUCCGAGGUUCCAGGAUAUGGCGGAAGCUUCGGAGACGUCGGCAGUGAGCGGACAGGCAGUUGCUGUCGGUGACCACAACAACAUCACCGUAGUGCAUCAGGGCUUUCCGCAACUGCCUCAGAACCUCCCCGCUGGUACCCGCAUCAACGUCAACUACAGCAUCGUCGUCGGCGCGGAGUCUGGAGCAGCUGCGUCGGCAGCGGAGGAACAACAGCCAGCUCCUCAACAACAGGAAACAGAGCAGAGAACAAGAGCAGAAGUUCAAACCAGUCGACCUCCUGGACCACUCGGUCAAGGUCAAAGGAAUCCGACCGGCAGUCAACAAUUAACCAGACAGGCAGCAGUGACUGACAGGGGUCAAGGUCAUUUAGAAACAGGUCAAGGUCGACCAAGUUUUGACCAACCAGCCAACAACGAUGGUCUCCCGUAUUCCCUGUACCCAACAGGUGUCCCUGGCUCAGGGCCCCAAGCCAUGACUCAAGCAAGACGACCACCUGACCGGGCUAUCAGUACCCCUAUUCAGGAAACAGAUACCCGCGAAGCCCGUUCGCCUUUCGUCCGUGCUAACACCUUCCCAAAGGCAGACACACCUGUGAAGACUGUAUACCAGAGAGCCGAUAGUGCGGACACCAGAUCCUGCCCCUACCCCCUGUCUCCCCAAGACUGCCCUCAACAAGCCAACUCCCAGGAACCGGUUGCUCGUUGUCCACUGCCCAAAUCAUCCACGUCUCCAGCAGCGUUGACGUCAAUAAACACAAGAACGGCCCAGGACGCUCACACCCCCGAGCUGACUGACAUCCUCGUGAUGACGGUGCAGGACGCAAAGGUUGCCAUGGUUCUCGACAUGGCAAACAAGAGCAUAAAGAGCGUGUCCCUUUCCGACAGAUCUGUACGGUCCCUGGACCUUAGAGCCAUACCGGUUUCAUUCACUGCAUUCGAUGAACUGAAAGUCAUUGUGAGUUUCAUGGAUAUGAAGACUCUCAGCAUCAUUGACGUGAACAGGAUGGUGGAGGUGAGCACUCUCCAGACUCCCAGAACAAUACUGUGGAGUCGCUGUAGUCGACAACGGGAAGGUCGCUGCUUGUUGCCAGGAGACCCAGUCUGUUGAGGUUAUCAGCGUUCAAGGACAGGUCCUUAAGACGUUCCGACUUGGGUCAACUCAAAACCCGAGUGCAGUUACCGUGUUCUCUACAAUAACAGUGUCAGAUUGGCGGAGCAACACCUUGGUUUGUCUUUCUAGAGACGGCCAGGAAGUUUUCAGCGUACGACUGGCUGACAACAGUAGCUCCAGGCUGAGAGGUAUUGUUCAUCAUGGAAGCGACAUACUUGUAGCGGACGAGGGUGCGAACAGAGUCCUGAGAUUUGAUUCCACCGGACAGUCUGUGAAUGUUCUGUUGGACGGUGAGGACACAGUGACCAAGCCGUGCGGACUGUGGGUGCAGGAACAUACACUGUACAUUGCUCAAGCAGAUGGGGUCGUUAAGUAUUGGGAGAUUUCCGCUGGUUGAGGUGUUCAGUACUCGAAUGUAACCAUCCAGAUCUUGCAUUUCGAAUUGUCCACUUUCUGACCGAUGACUGGAAUUGAUCUUCAGUAACCCAUGCUUGUCGUAAGAGACGACUAACGGGAUCGUGGACGAUGUCGCAUCGGUCACAGCAGGUAUACUGAAGAGUAUUUGUUAAAAGGCGAAGAUCCUCCAUUUCGCAUCCUUUGUGGCAAAAAUAAUUUACGGUCAUGCAUGUGUUGAUUUUUCCAUCACAAGGGAAAAUAUUUCGAUGUAAAACCGUUGAAGGAUCUUUUUAGUAGUGUUAACUACGAUUGUUUUACUCAGUUUUUACAAGAGAUAGAGUUAAUUGAAAAACAAUUUCAUUGAUAUGUUUUGUAGAUAUGUCAUUGUAUGAUUGGUAGUUUAGUUUAGUAACUGCGAUUGUUAGGGGCUGUAACCUCGAAGGGGGUUGAAGUAUUGUAAAAUGAUUGUCCUCCUGAGAGGGUACGGAAGUCCCAAAACUAAUUUAAAGCAAGCACAUUUAAAUGUUUUAACCGCAAUAUGCAUGUUAUUGUAAGUUAUGGCUAGAUUGUUAAAAACUGCAAAUAGCUGAAGGUAUGGUGUAAAUCCAGCUAGGGUCAAUGCUGGAAGCAAAAGCACUGUAAGUCCCCAUGGUCCCUAGUAUGGUGGUCUUCCUUCAGUUGGUGGCACUCUAUUAUAUUGUCUUGCCAUGUAUAGGUAAAAUGUUUUAAAUUUGAUUACUGGUUUUGAAUGUAUAUUUGUGAUAAACUGGUUGUUUUAU